AGAUGUGGGGUUGUGUUAUACAUUCAAGUUUCACGAGAAGGCAAAGAGACAGGUGCACGUUCCAGGUCCCUCAUCCGGUCUGUCGUUUGUGAUCAAUGUGGAGCAGUAUGAGUAUUUGUUAACCCCACGCACCGCGGUCGGGAUUAAGGUGGCCGUCCAUGACCCCACGGAACCUCCUCGGAUGUUGGCAGAUGGAUUUAACGUGGCCGUCGGCACCCACACCUCCCUGGGGAUCAAACGUUACGAGUAUCAUACAUUGGCGUUAACUAAUAAUCUGAUCACCGGUGAGUCAACACAACCUAGUCCUGAGACGGCGGAUUGUUCCGAGAACCAGUCCGUGCAUUACUGUAACUGUGGUUUGGACAGGACACGUAUCAGGGGACAUGAUAAAAGAGACACCACAGAUGCGCCCAAGGAGUCGUUGCGCCUGUGUACCGUGAAAGAUUAUUUUACAUGUGUCAGGAAUUUCUCAGGUGUCCCCAUUCAUCGCGAGGAGUGCCCAUGCUUAAGAAGCUGCCACAGAGUGGAAUACGCCGUAUCUUUGUCUGAGGCCGCCAGUUCGCUGUACGCCGCGGAGAGUCGGGUACUAUCGCUGAACGAAGACUUGCCAGAACUGCCGGCACGGUUCCAGAAGGCCAGAGAUACUUACCACAGGAAGGACUUCACCACGUUCAUUCAUGAUACGCUCAUCCUGAACGAGACCUCCUGGGAAUUACAAUUAGUGAACGGGAGUUUCUGUUCGGCCCUGAAGCUUCUGAGUAACCACAGGAUUGAGUACGACAAUACUCUGAGGAAUUUAAAAGACAGAAUAACCUCCUUAAAUAAAAGCGUCAGCGUUCAUUCCCAUUUAUUUAUCCACGGCAAUCACGCUGGUUUCCACUUCUUAUCGCCGCCAUUAAAGACGACGAUAAAGAGCAUUUUGAGCAAGCAGGACAUUAUUGAGCACAUUGACAAUGGAAAUGAGCACCGUAUCAACGAGACUUUGAGCGGAAUCAUGCAAGAGUUAGGUCGUCUGGCUUUGGAAAGAUAUGACGUAAUUGUGACUGGUACAUUGCUGGAACAAAUUGAAAAGGAAGUAAAGCGAUUCCGGGAAGAUUUGGUUCUGGGUUACGGACAAAAAUACCGGGAAUUCAAUAGUUCGUUCAAGAUUUAUGACGAAAAGACACGGACUAUAAUGAACAUAACGUCCAAGCUGAUUAGCGACCUGAAACGAAAAUACGGAGAAAUCCGUAAUAUUAGUCAUUUGUUGCGUCAUCAUGACCGACAUAGCCGCAAACACAAACAGGAAACGAAGUCGAGGUUGUUAGGAUUUUUCGAAUCUGUGAAAAAGCUGGAACAAGGGCCAGUGAGGCUGUUGGUGGAAGGUUUACAUCAGCUCUCCGAGUUAUACGCAACACACAAGAAAAGCAUUGUGGCGAUGUACAGUGACAUAGAAAAGGCUGGUCAGUUCUUAGACUCCAAGGGACAUGAUAUGCAAGAGUCGUUCCAGUCCUUACAGACCUGGCUUAAAAAUAGUCGUGAACAUGUGGAGAGGCUGCAGUUGGAAUUAUCGGCAAUAGCUGUGCGUUAUGAAGAUGAAGAAAUCACACGAUCAGAGCUGAGCAGCCUGUUAAACGGGACAGACUUACAGAUGAGAUACAAGCAGCCAAGAACUUGCUGGACGACAUUGUCUCCUCCAUCGCUGUCCUGCACGAAAAGGCCUCCAUCUUGGCUAACCUGAGCGAACCGCUGUUGGUGAGAUUUCAAGAUUUCUCUCCGGACUCUCGCGAUGACGUGAACACUCUGCGAGACUCGCUUCAGUUCGACGGCUUCCAUCGUCUGUUAGAGAAUCCCAUGAAGCGCAUGGACGAGGCGCUGUCGGACAUUGUAGCAUUCCAGAUGGAUUUACAAGAAUACACCAGAGGCUGUAGGAUAAACGCUAAAUUUUACCAAAACAACUUCUUGCAGUUGGAUGUAUUUUUCCAAGAUAUGACGGAAACACAAAUUAUGCAGAGAAGGUCGUAUGGAUUUAUAGAUCUUUCAUGUGAUAUAGGUGGAUCGCUAUCUCUAUACCUGGGCGCUAGUAUUUUGACGUUCUUUGCCAUCUUGGAUUUGAUUUUACGGUCCAUUUCAUCGCAGUAGGAUGUUUCAUUUGGAUCAUUACUAUGCACGCGACGCGGGACAAUUCUUUAAAAUCUUCUGUCGUGAUUCGCCAAUCUUUAAAAAAAUGGCGGGACAGCUUCGGUUAGAGAGAUUGUCUGGGGAUUCCUUUCUG